AGGUACAAUCAGUUUUAAGUUUUGCAGUUGGCUAUAUUGUUGAAUUUAAUCGGCCAGUUUGAAAGCAAUCGGAGAUCGGUAAGACCAGUCCUAACCGCUUCGACGAAGAUUCCGGGAACCGUCACACGCCGUGCACGCCGAUGACGAUGCCUAUGGAACAUGGAACAGCGCGGGAAGCCCAAGUGCCCAAGGCAGGAAGAGGGAGGGGACGAGCGAGGAAGCGGUGUCGCGCGGCGCCGCGAUGGUGGGGGAGCGCGAAAGGAACGGAACGACGGCCGUGUAUUCGCCGCGCGACGCCGGCGACGCGCAAUGUGCACCGCGCCAUCGUUCGAAACGCGUCGGUGUCGCUCUUCGCGCGCGCACACACACACACACACACACACACAUAUACGUCGUGGUGAUCACGACGAUAUCGCAGCGACGACAACCGGACAAUUAAACCGCGGGGAGGAAACCCGCGAGAUUCGCGUUUCGCGUUUCACUCUCGCAUUCUCUCCCCUACCUCGGGGGAGAGCGAAUUGCGAUCGCUCCUCCCCCUCGUGCGACAGCGACCGACGACGACGACGAGGGGGGGAUCGCGCGCGUCUCGAUCGUCGCGAGAUCAUGAUCCGUGCGAUCCGCGUCGCGACGCGCUAAUAACACGAUCGAGCGAAAGAGAGAGGGAGCGAGGGCGGUCUGCCUCGGAGAUCUGCCUCGCGUCGCCGAGGAAUCCGUCGUGGAAUCCCGUUCCACUUUCUUCCGGGGCGAACGCAAGCGCGGCGAUCGAAUGCGCCUCGUUGGAUGCUGCCGGCAGCGCGCGUGGUCGACCUGGAAGCCCGUGCUCGUCGUCGGGGCACUGCUGUGAGCGGGUGCUGCUACUACUGCCGCCGCUGCUGCUGCUGCUGCUACUGCUGCUACUACUACUACUGCUGUUGCUGCUGUUGCCGUUGUUGCCGCUGCCCCAGGUAGCACUGGGGCCGCGAUGGACGCGCGCGUGGUCGUCGGUGCGCCGGCCGCGGAAGAGACGCCGAUGGUGGCGGCGGGUUCCGCGGGCGUCGCGACGCCCUCGCCGGUCCCUCCGGCGCCGAGCACCGCCGUGGUCGUCACCGGUACCGGCACUGGCACCGGCACCGGCACCGGUGGCGGCGGCGGCGGCAGCGGCGGCGGUGGCGGAGGAACUUCCACCGCCGCCGCGACCCUCGCGUCCGCAUCCUGCACCCCGCAGAACCCAGUCGUCGUCGUCGCUAGCCCCUCCAACAAUCACCAGCAGCCGGUCACCGGCGUGCCCAGGAUACUCAGCAGGAAUGUCAACGGCACAUUGGUGCAGACGUCCGUGCCGCAAAACGAGGCCGAGCUGCAGCUGUACAGAGUGAUGCAGCGAGCGUCACUGCUGGGAUACUACGAUACGCUCCUCGAGAUGGGAGGCGACGACGUGCAACAGCUUUGCGACGCGGGUGAGGAGGAGUUCCUGGAGAUCAUGGCGUUGGUGGGCAUGGCGAGCAAGCCGCUUCACGUUAGGAGGCUUCAGAAAGCUUUGCAGGAGUGGCUCACUAAUCCCUCGUUGUUUCAAACACCGGUCGUGCCGACGAACGCCGUCGCCGCCGCCGCCGUCGUCGCCGCGGCAGCGGCCGCCAAGAGCCCGGUCGCCGCCGCCGCCGCCGUGGGCUUCGCCUGCGCGAGCCCGCGGCCGCAGAUGCAGAGCUUGCCGACCGGCUUCGCCGCGACCUCUCAGACCUCCCUGACGCCGACGUCCUACGUGUCGACGACGCCCCACAUGCCGCUGACGCCGUUGCCCUGCCGAAGCGCCAGCCCGGUUGUGCCGGUCACCAGCGUGUCGACGUCGGCGUCCUCCACGACCUUCCGCCAGAGCCCGAGCCCGAACACGUCCUUGCCUUACACGACCACUCAUAGCCCCAAUGUGUUACAGGUAGGAACGUGCGAGUCUUCGUGCGGCAGCGGAACCACGCCGAGUCCGAGUGGCGGUGGCGGUGGCGGUGCACCUGCGAGUCCGACGCAGCCAACGCCGACCCUCUUGCAGUCACAGGUGCAGCGGCUCGCCGAGGCCGCGGAGAGGCUCGUCGCCACCAUAAGGCCCCUCGAUCCCAAACCCCAUAAUGUGAAGAAAAAACUCUGCAAGAACCUGGAGAUGGUAAUGACGAUGUCAGACAGUGAUCCGCGCAAAAUGGACGAGAUCCGGAAGUACGCGGCGAUUUACGGUAGAUUCGAUUGCAAGAGAAAGCCGGAGAAGCCUCUCACGUUGCACGAAGUGUCGGUGAACGAAGCGGCGGCGCAAAUCUGCAGAUUUGUGCCUGCCCUCCUCACUAGGAGAGACGAGUUGUUUCCUCUGGCGCGUCGUGUCGUCCGCGAUUCCGGUUACCACUAUUCCAAGAGCCAAUACUUGUCGAUGUCGAGGCCACGCGAAAACGGGGAGGAGACCGAUGGCGAGCGCUCAAAACGCCAGAAACUGGAGCUAGAGGGUGAGGGUGAGGAUGCGACGCAGGAGGAAUUGGAUUUACGCUGUUCUGGAACGGAUAUUAACAAUUCUAUCACUAGGAGACAUAGGUCGUCGAGUCCAGUCUGGAGGAAGAAGAGUAACAACGGUAUAUUUAGCGCCAGCGUAGAGGAAAUCAGCGACUCGGAUAGCCAAUUCUCUUUCUCUAACGAGGAAUCGUCGUCUAUGCACGACACAAACGAGGCAGAAGCUGAGAACACGGACAAAGAGGGCGACUUCAAUCUAAAGGUGAUAGCCUCGCGCGGAGACAACAUAAUCGCCGUGGCAAAUCCUGCGCUAAUGGAAUGCAGCCAUCCCAUAAAGGAGGAGCCCGCGGAUGAGAAACCCACACUGUGAUAUUAUUACUUAACGUUUACUGCCGCUAUUGACGUCACGGCGACGUGAAUGACGGCGUAGAGGCGCCGGUCAUUGUCAUCGAUCAUCAACCGCGCGAACAUCGUUCACAUAUGUGUUAAUGAGCACGAUAGCAUUCAUGGCAGCGUUUGAAUAAUAUGACAGUCGCUUACUUGGAUUUUAUACAACGGUUGGAGCGACCUGUCACUUAUGUCCGAGCGAGAAACGUUUGCGACGCUGUCCGUUAUCUAGUUCUAGCAAAGCGAAAAAAGCACGAUACGACAUGUAUAGCGAUUAUGACGAAUGUUUCUAGGAGGCGAUAGCUGAAUAAAGAUAAGCCGUUUAAAUCAAAAGAUCGUUGACUGAAGUAUGUAGCAUUAUAAAAUGUAAAAUUAUAAACAAAUGUAAAUAUAGGUAAAUAUAUAUAACGGUCCUUUUUUUUA